GUGUAGAUCCCAGCAGGCUUUGUCUUGACAGACAGACACAGACGUGUUGAUCUGCAGAAGAGCUGAUGGUUUGGGGGUUUCCACUGUGGUGAAGAGUCAAGGGCUUCCUGUAUGUUGUUGUGCUCAGAAAGCAGUUAGCGUGCGGAUCCGUGAUGACCGACGUGAUGAUCAGCGCCGCUCCGAGGGACGACAUCAGGCUCAGUCCCAGCAAACACCGCCUCAGCUUCCAGAUCUUCCCGGAUCCCUCAGACUUCGAGCGCUGCUGUAAGCUGAAGGACCGUCUGCCGUCUAUCGUGGUGGAGCCGACGGAGGGCGAGGUGGAGAGCGGAGAGCUGCGCUGGCCUCCCGAGGAGUUCCUGGUGAGCGAGGAGGACGAGGACGAGGAGGAGUGUGAUGGAAACCUGCAGAACGGACAGAUGCAGAACUCUCAGCAUUAGAGAGGAACUGACAGACUCUUUCUCUCUCACACACACACACACACACACACACACACACACACACACUCACACAGAGUCUCUAUCUCUCUCACACA